CGAACACACACGCGCUCGCGCACACACGCACGCACGCGCACGCUCUGUGACACAUCCCUCCAGUUCCCAACUGCGCUGCCUUCACAUGCGUCCCCGCCGACUCUCUGCGUAGCGCCGGCUGCGCCAAGAUGAGCGUGGUCUCCUCGGUACCAUCCGAACGGUACCAACCCGCCGCCUGACCGAGCCGGAGCCACACCGAGGCGCAGAGGGAGAGGGAGGAACACUAUCUCUCCAGAAAAAAAAAAAGGAGAAAGCCUAAAGGACACCGCGAGGCGCGACGCGUUUGUUGUUUCGGCAUCCUUCCUCACCCCCUCCUCUUCCUGCGCUCCUCUCCUCCCCGCAGCCUCCGUUGUUACCGGUCAGUCCGUGUGAAGGUGAAGGAGAAACCCGGGGAUCCCGGCCCCGCGUUUUGGUGGAAUAACAUUUUUUUUUUUUUUUUAAAGGGGGGGAGAGAAGGAUAUAUUUGUCCCCCCCCCCCUUUUUCUUUUCCUCCCGCUGGGUGUUGGGAGCGCGCAGCUGCUGUGCGCCCGUUCAGAUUCCCCCCCGAAUGGUGGAUUUGGCAAACAUGGAGACAGUGGAGAAGGAAUGCGGGGCCCUCGGGGGUCUAUUCCAGGCGAUAGUGAACGACAUGAAGUGCUCCUAUCCUGUGUGGGAAGACUUCAGCGCCAAGGCCACCAAGCUGCAUUCCCAGCUCCGAACCACUGUUCUGGCUGCUGUGGCCUUCCUGGAUGCCUUUCAGAAAGUGGCAGACAUGGCUACCAACACUAGAGGGGCGACCAGAGACAUCGGUUCAGCUCUUACCAGGAUGUGCAUGAGACAUCGCAGCAUCGAAGCCAAACUUCGCCAGUUCACGAAUGCUCUGAUGGAGAGUCUGAUCACUCCUCUCCAGGAUAAGAUUGAAGACUGGAAGAAGACUGCCAACCAGCUGGAUAAGGACCACGCCAAAGAGUACAAAAGGUCACGUCACGAGAUCAAGAAGAAGUCAUCUGACACCAUCAAGCUGCAGAAGAAGGCUCGUAAAGAGAUGCAGGGGCGAGGCGACCUGCAGCCGCAGCUGGACAGCGCCAUGCAGGAUGUGACCGACAUGUGUCUGCUGAUGGAGGAGACGGAGAAGCAGGCGGUGCGCCGCGCCCUGGUGGAGGAGAGGGGGCGCUUCUGCACCUUCAUCGGCUUCCUUCAGCCCGUGGUGAAUGGAGAGAUCGCCAUGCUGGGAGAGAUCACCCACCUCCAGGCCAUCAUCGACGACCUCACCGUGCUGACCACUGACCCCCACAAACUGCCCCCUGCCAGUGAACAGGUGAUCAAGGAUCUGAAGGGCUCCGAUUACAGCUGGUCCUACCAGACCCCCCCGUCGUCCCCAAGCAGCUCUGGCUCACGCAAGAGCAGCAUGUGCAGCAGCGUCAACAGCGCCCACAGCAGCGCCUCCCGGUCGUCGGGGGGAGGUGCAGGUGUGGGUAGUGGUGGAGGUUCCCAGCCACACUCACCCUCCUCCUCCUCCUCCUAUCGCUACCGCAGCAGCAUGCCUCAACAGCCUCCACCACCAGGGGGCAUUGCAGCCCACCGCCUCAGCAGUGUUUCCUCCCACGAUUCGGGCUUCGUGUCCCAAGAUGCAAACAUCUAUUCCAAGCCUCCCUCGCCAAUGCCCUCUGACAUCACCAGUCAGAAAUCCUCCAGCUCUGCAUCAUCAGAGGCUUCAGAAACAUGCCAGUCAGUCAGUGAAUGCAGCUCUCCCACCACUUUUGGCUCGUCCUUCGUUACCUUCCGCCCCGCUCUCUCUCACUCUGGCUCCACCAGGCCUCUCUCUGUCAUUCUUCCCGUUCCUGCGUCCCCACCCUAUAUCCGCCCCUCUGGAUCCAGCUCCUCCUCUCCCACAUCAAAGGUUCCCAUGUGGAAGGACUGGUCCAAAGCAGGUCAGUAUGAGCAGCCCGCGGCCGCCGCUCCGGUCCAGAGGAGAAAGGAGCCGAUUGAUAGGCUGAGAGAGAGCGAGGGCUCGCCGGGUUCCCAUGGAUACGCCGCAGCGUCACACCCAGAAGAGGGCCAGAGGCCCCGGAUGACACCUGCUAGCAUCGCUGCCAAGCACGGCGAGGAGGUUUCCCCAGCAGCCAGUGACCUGGCCAUGGUGCUGACCCGGGGCCUGAGCAUGGAGCAGCAAAAGAGCAGCCGGGACUCCCUGCAGUACUCCAGCGGCUACAGCACAGAGACCACAACCCCGUCCUGCUCCGAGGACACCAUCCCUUCACAAGGUUCAGAUUAUGACUGCUACUCUGUAAACGGAGACACUGAAGGCCCGGAUGGACAGGCAGAGUUUGACAAGUCUUCUACAAUUCCUCGCCAUUCCAACAUUGCCCAGAACUACAGGCGCAUGAUCCAGACGAAAAGGCCAGCCAGUACAGCUGGUCUGCCCAGUGGGGUCCUUGGUCCAGGAGUUCAUGGGAUACCAGGACAGCCAGGUGGAGCUGGUGGGGGAGGAGGAUCAGGGACUCCGGGCACCGCUACUAUCCGUCGAACCCCAUCAACCAAACCGGGGGUGCGGCGUACACUGUCCAGUGCGGGGCCCAUCCCUAUCCGACCUCCCAUUGUGCCUGUCAAAACACCCACUGUUCCGGCAGACUCGCACUCACCUGGUGCAGGUGGCUAUGCGGGGGGAGGGCAAGCAGGCGGCGUCCCCGUCAGAGUGGGAAGUGAAGAGUGUGUGUUCUUCACCGGAGCCGAGGAUGGCCAAGGAGGGCUCGAUUAUGUGAAGGCGUCACCGAAGCGCCUCAGCCUGCCCAACACCGCCUGGGGCUCUGGGGCGGCGCUGGAGGUCUACGCCCAGCAGCACUGCAUGGCAUCGGGCUCAGCAGCCGGAUCAGAGGAGGAGCAGAUGAUCGCGGCCAACCGGCACAGCUUGGUGGAGAAGAUCGGAGAAUUGGUAGCGAGUGCGCACGCCCUCGGUGAGGGUCAGUUCCCUUUCCCCGCUCUCCCAGAUGACCCGACCCCAAUGCCAGGUGGCCCGAGCGAAACUCAGACGGAAGGGGCAGAGGGGUCCGGCGACAUGCUGACCACGAUCAGGAGAGGAGUUCGCCUUCGCAAAACGGUCUCCAAUGAUCGCUCGGCUCCCCGUAUAUUGUGAUCAGCGGAGAAAUGCGAAGGGUGGUCAGUCGAUAGGUCAAAUGUUGGUGUGGUAGUACCCAACCACCUAGUGAGUACACGAAAACAUAACCAUGUUGGAAAAGCUAUAUCGUAACAGAGGAUGAAUAAAGUCGAAAAAAAAUCCAUACAGAAAAUGUUUAAAGACACCUUUAGAGUAAAUGAUAUACAGUCUAAUAUAAUGAUAACAUAAGUAAACAUAAGCGAUGCUGACGAGUACAAGUGAAAUACUUCAUGUUGACCUAGCAGGCCGCUAUAACUAUUGUGUGUUGGACGCAUGUUUGUCUUCUAUACACCGUCAGACAGGGAUGGAGAGACUCAUAGGAAAAGUGAUUUUGAAAAUAAAUGGAGGCAAAGAAAGAAGAGCGCUGGGUUCUGUCCUGUUUGCCACCAAACCCGUCUCCCUGUCCUGUUGCCCGACUAACCCAGCUGACCGAUCCAACUUGAAAGACUGACGGAAGGGGGCUGAUGAGGACCAGAGAGAGACAGAGAGGUGGGGGACACAGAUCGCCUCGCAACCGGCUUCAACUGAAGCCAGGUCGUGUAGGCAACGACGUGCUGUGCCAAAAAGGCCAUCAAACUGCUUGGCAAGAGUACGGGGAGCUAACAAACCAGAGGGCCACUCUGGUUCACGCUGAUGUAAAAAAAAAAAAAAAAAAAAAAGGUGUUGGCAUUGAGCCGUACUUGUUGCCCUUCCCCCCUCUCUCUCUGUCUCUCUCUCUCUCUCUUUCUGGGUACAUUCGUGUGCUUCUCGGAAAAUGUAAAAAUGGAGCGUGUGGGUAUAUGUGGUUGAUUAUGUGUGUGUGUGUGUGUGUGUGUGUGUGUGUGUGUGUGUGUGAGUGAGAGAGGGGGUGGGUAGAGCUCUGCUGCAGGACAGCUGGUUACCCAACGAGGGCAGGGCUUUUUUCUUUAGUUUUUCUUUUUCUCCUGUGUCGUGUGCGUAUUUUCUUGUUUAUAUCGUGACGUCGUUUACCUUGUUACCACUGUACGGGAAGUUCCGAGACCUAUUCCAGGCCUAUAGAUAUAUUCAUAUAUAUUUUCUAGAAGCAGAGAGAAAAAAAAAACAAAAACAAAAAAAAAAACAAAAAAAAGUGAAAUCAGAAAUGGAGCAAUAAAUGUGUUUUAUUUUCUCGUUUCGAGGAAGCGGUUGGAUUCGGAGGAUUGCAGAUUCUCCUUUGUCCCAUUCAGGCAAUCAUCAGGAAUGCUAAAUUACACAUCGACUGUGAAUUCAUGCGUUUUUCAUACGCCUCUCUCUCUCUCUUUCUCUCUCUCUCUGUCCCAGUUUUUUUUUCUAUUAAAUGAAGUGGAUUACAAAAAAUUUGAAAAAAGAAAAACUGUAAGCACUUUGAUGAGAGUAGAGUCUGUACAAUAGCCAGUAGAUGUUGUUGUAGUCAUGCUGUAUGUGUGGAGGAGUGAUGGAGGGGGAAGAGGAGUGAAAGCAAUGACUGUGUCCUAAGGAGAUGAUUUAAUACAUUAAAGUAGAAGAAGGCAGAGAGAGGUAAAGAGGAUGUGAAGAGGACUGCUAGCACUGGAGUGAUUGGUUAAAUGAGAAAAUGUAUGAAUAUUUUCUUAAGAUGGAUCAGGUUUUAAGGCGGGAGGCAGGAUGGGAAUGACAUUGAAGAGUUUGCCUGAACGGGUAUUUUAAGGAUUGAAGACAUACUGUGGGAAAAAAUACCAUGUUUUGCUGAGUGAGAUGAUUUUUUUCUUUUUUGGAAAUAUAGGCCUAAAUAGGCCUAAAACAUCCAGAUGAGAUUUUUUUUUAAAUCAGUUUAUUUUUUUUGUCUUUUACCUUAAAACUAGAUGUAAAUCUGACAACUUUUAAAAUGGAAAAAAUACCUUUCGAAACUGUAAAGCACAUCGAGUGGAACAAUUAAAGCACUGUCUCAGGAAAGGCACAUCACUUUAUGUUUUUCAUUUGAGUGCAAGUAUAAAAGAAAUAGCCAAACUUGAUUGUAAUUGGGUGGAAAUAAAACCUGGAAAAAGCUAAACAUUCAAAAUUCAGUUGAUCUCAUGAUGUUGAUGACACCAUAGAGAAGCUGCAGGACCUGAUCUCCAGAAUGCUGAAGGUUUUCCAUGAGCUCAUAAACACAACACAAAAAUAACAGCUCAUUUGUGGGAAACUGUAUAUAUAUAUUUUAAUAGUGGAUGAAACACUUAAGCUUUCAAUCAGCCCUAUGUUAAAACAGAACCUGGAUCACUUGUGUUCCUCAAUGCUAAACACUGUAGUGUAAUUACACAGUAACUCCUCAAAACGCCGUACAUCUGUCUGAAGUAAGGACGAACCUCUAAUUAUUCACACCCUUGUCAGAUUCAGAUUUCACAUUAGUUUCAUUCAACCAAAGAGUUUGUUUCUGAUAGAAAGUUAGACAGAAAUGUCUCAAAAGAUAACAGUUUUGUAUAAUUAAAUGUAUUUACAUUUAUUUAAAAAAAAAGUGGUAUGAUUACCAUGUAGAAAGAUAUUCAACAUGGACACUGUUAUAUAGACACCAAGGCAUAAAAUGUCUAUGGCAUUAGAGCUCUCUUCUAAACAUGUUAGCCAUUGUGUUAUUUGUUAGUUGGUACUUUGGGACAGGUACCUCACCAAAUUAGAUGGAAAAGCAAUCUUUUAAAAAUUAACUUUUGUUCUCACUGGAAGUAAUAUUAACAUUUUUUUGUGGCCCUGCCAGAGUUUCAACUUGAAUCUGAUAGAUAUUCUGUGGAGGGAGCAAAAGAUUAGGGUGAUGGUAAAGAGGCCUUCCAAUAUCAAGCACUUGAAUCUCAUUUCCAAAGAUAAAUUGUUAAUGUACAAUUGGAAGCGUGAAGAAAGCUGGUCAGCAGUCAUAAGAAUGGUUGGACUUCUGUAAUUUUAAGAAUUUUUUUUCCACUGGCAAUUGAUAAGGGUAUGAAUAAGUUUUACUAUUCCAUUUUUCAAUAAAAUAAAUAAAAAUAGAGUAGUUACUCAAAAACGAUACUUCUUUCACAUUGUUUUAUCUUUUCAGACACCUGUAAACAGUGGUAGGCACACUUACACUAAUGUGCUAACAGCAAUUUUUUGUUGUUUAGCACAUCAGCUAACUUUGAAAACAUUUAUCGCAUUUAGCUUCCCCCAAGUUGUUUUUUAAAAUUAAAUUGGUGCUCCAGGGUUGUAGUCUGUCAAAGACCGAUGUCAUUUGAAUUGAAGUUAGCACAUUAGCAUUAGCCUCUGCUACUGUGUUGGUGUAGUGAGUGCUGUAGUAUUAGCGGAACUGCAGGUUAUGAUUAGCGCUUAGUGCUCCUAGCUUUUUAGAUAGCCAUGCUCAUAACUGCCUGCUAAAUUUCCUAUCAGAAGAAAACUUUUGAUUAAAUGAAAGAAAAAAAAGAAAGAUCUAAAUUAAACAGGGGUGUGAAUACUUUUGGGGUUCACUGUAAAGAAUGAGCCUUUUAUCAAAGCUAAAGUACUGAAAAAUUGUUUACUUUGCUAUUUUUUAGAGUGCAAGAAAGUUGGCCAAAAUAUUUUCCAGAUGAGAUAUGAGAAAGCGUUUGCAUUGAGAUACUCGCUUAUAAAUUCUCAGUGCUCAAUGGAAAAGAACAAAUGUAAAGAAAGAAAAAAACAGGCACCCAGCACAUUUCAACUUAGUUUUGUGCCAAUCCUUAGGUUAACCUCAGGACAAAACAUUAUAAAAGGUAGAUCUUUUAGAUUUGAGAAUAGGUGGAGCCUGUUUGGGAGGAUACGGACGAGUCUUUUAAAGUUGACAGGAAGAGGGAAAGAUGUGUGGAAUGAGCAUUUCACUGCCUGUUCAUACAAUACGUAUGUAACUGUAUGUGCUGUACUUCUAAAAGAGAAUCCGGAGCACAUGUCUGUUGUAAAGGGUUGUUAGAAAAUAUCUCAUUAGUUUACUUUAAAAAAAUAUAUAAAAAUUUGUUUUUGCCUUCUACUGUUACUGUUGGAAUACUAGAUCUUGCUUUAAUUAUUGUAAAAAUAAGAGGAGAAAAGUCCAGUUGUAACACAAACUAACUAAGCUGUGUGACAUAUGGAUGUAAGGCGCAGAGACUGAGUGUGUGUUUGGAUGUGUCCUUGGCUGGCUGUCGAUCUCUAGACUAAUAAACUUUUCAUCACCAUGUCUGUACACGUCUCCAGCAGUGAUCUGAACAUGAGCAUUAAUAUGAGCACUCAUAUAUUUUUUAUCCUAAGCAUUCAUUAGGUUCCUUUGCAUUUUGGAAAUGAAAAUAAUGCUUCCAGAAGGUUUGUUUUCCCCUAUUGCUUUUAUUUUAAUGUCUUUGUCACAGUAUGGUUGUUUUUAUCCCACUUUGCUGCUGUGAGGCCACUAAAUGAUAGAAUAAAGGCAAGAGCAGAUUAAUUCCAUUCCUACGAAAUGUUUCUUUUUAGGCAAAAUUAUGAUUUUUUAAAAAUGUUUUUAGAUUAUCUGUCGCUACACAUCUACAUGCUUAUGAUGGAUGUACUACAGUGAUAAAAGGCCACAUCAGUCCCUGAACUUCAGAGUUAAACUUCAACAAGUACCCAGUAGAAAUCAGAAGUCAGCAAUUUAAGUUCAGUCUGCCUGAAUUUCCAUUUACAAUUGUGUUUCACGAUGGGUUUGAUUCAUUAAAACACCACUUUUCUUCUCUCUGUAUAAUUAUCAUUACCCUCUUGAAGUUCUUCCACAGUGUAUAGCUUUGAUUUGAACAUUUCUUAAAGCUCCUGCAGGAUCUGCUAAAUGUUUCCACCCGUCAUUCUUUGAAGGGUUAUUUUUAUAACCAUUUUGGGGGAAAAUAAUCUACAUUAAAAAAAAAAAUGUUUCAUAAUUUGUUAUACAAAGUUACAAAUAACUCAUUUGUAAAACUGUUUAGUUUUUUGUUAUUUCUCAUAAGGAUCUGGUUUAACAACAGGAGGACUCACCUUUUUCCUGAAAUACUAAACGAGACGAGUUAAUCUAAUUUUAAAGUUGUUCUUCUUUUUUUCCACCUAAAUGACAAAUUAGUGCUUUAAAUAAUCUGAAGAAUAAAAUUUAAAGUAGAGCUGAGUGCACACAGCCUGGAUUCAUUAGGCUGUGUGCCCUGUUUAACUAAAGGGCUUUAGUUUAGCCUUGACAAGAAGCAAGCAUUGUUAGCGGCUAAUGGUUAGCCAGUAAUGGUAUUGUUGCAGUGCUAGCAAAACAUUUCUAUAUUGUCCAUGAAGGAGUAAUAAACAACUUCAAUUCCAAUUAAAAGUACUAAUACUGUAUGAUUUCAGAAGGAACUGAUGCCACUUCAUAAUAAAUUUAACUCCCAGAAUAAUAGUUUCAGAAAACAUAAAGACACAAUGAACAUUCAGUGGACUAGUGGGACGGAGUAAGCUAGCCUAAAUUCAUGCUACUUCGCCACAUCUGGCACAACGGGGAGGUUCGAGCUCGGCCCGCUUCCAUUAUUAGAUCGGAAAUGUAACAUUAUUAUUUUCCUGAUCCAAUGAGUGUAAAAAAAAUAGAGCAGGGAAUUUGCCAACUACUGGCUGAAGAUUUCUUGACCUGCUAAAGCUUGUUUGGGGAAUUCACUGGCAUUGUCUUUCCCUUGUGGCUAAUUUAUCCCUUUUUUCCCCCCGCCCCAGCAAAUUUUGCUUGCAGGCCGACUUAAUCUGUCACUUUCUCUCUAGUGUUUUUUUUUUUUUUUGAAUUAUCUAAAAUGCUGUCAGGAAUUAUUUAAAAGUAGUGCAGUGCUUAUAUAACUAAGUGGGCUGGUCAACCCAACCAGCUGUGGGGUUUUUUCCCCCACUUUGUCAAACACAAUGCAGCUCAAGAACUACUUCCUCUAUUGCUUCAAAUUAAAAGUAUCAAACAGAAUAGAACACUGUCUUCACAUAAUAAUAAAAUAAACCUACUUAUCCAGAUGUGGUUUACUGGAUAAUGUUUACACAGCCAGACUUUGAUGACAGACAUGUUGGUUUAAUAUCGCAGGCUCUUAUUCCACAAGAUCUCAUUACACCCCUUGGAUUCCCUAGCAGUUAAGGGAAUCCAAGAAAAUCAUGUUUUACUGUGAUGGAUUAUUUUGUGCUGAACUGCCUAUGUCAACAUGCUGAAUCGAUUUUUGCUCCAGUUUUGUCAUUUUCUGAGUCGCUAUGUAAUUAACAGCUUUGCCCAACCAGAAGUCGGGCAAAGCUGCAGCGUGUUUGUACAUAGGAAGGAGCAUAAAGGAAUAUUGUGCCAACGUGCAUGCUCCCACAUACCUCAUACACUCAGCAUACACUCAAAUUGCUCUUAGCACUCUUUGGCAAGCUAAAGCAGGCAGAUGUGUUUCUUUUCCACCACGUUGAGGCUUUUCAUCCUGUAACCUCUCAUCAUUUCCUGAGCCCUCGUACAUCAGUGCACCCGGAGAUGCCACGCAGCAGACAAGCUAAAAAAAACAAAACAAAACAGUGCUUGUCACGGUGGAUGACGGGAGACCCAAAACACCGUAGUUGGUCUCUCUGCGCCUCUCAGUCUAUUAAAGCUAAUGAAAAAUAAUUCUGAUGAAGUCUUAAUUUCCACCUACGUCCGCUGCGGAUACUCGCUCUGUGCUCAGUUUAUUUUCCCCUCCUAAUUCAUUCUUCACCCAAUCCCCUCUAUAUCUAUUAACUUUCUGUUGGUUUGCAUGUGUGCACAGGUGCAAACGGUGGGUCUGUGCUGCGGUGGCUAACGCAUCCUGGGUGGGCUGUUGUAUGAGUUGGAAUUGCUAACGGGGGUAAACGUCUCCCUGGUGGAUGUGCUAACGGGAGUCGUUUUCCAGGCAAGCAGAUGGACGCCUAACGCUCCAUCUCUAUGCUAGAUUACAUUUUAAUUAAUUUUGAUCAGGCUUUUUGAGACGUUUCUUGGCAGCAGCUCAAAAGCAACUUAAUAUGAUUUUUUAUUGUUUUUUUUUUUGUUUUUUUUUCCCGGUGAGCUUCCAUGCUAAAAAAAAAAAAAACAACUCGAAAGUGCAAGCAGCAACGCAUGCUGCUAAACUCUAAGAAGCCUCAACCUGAACAUGCAUUAAAAUAUAUAUUUUUGACAGAUUAUUUGUCAUUUUAAUUAAAUUAAAUUUUACAAUCACUGGCUUAACCACCACCAGUUUUAAAUUACUUCAAAUGUUGGCAUGGAAACUUUAAAACGAUCUCCAACCAAAUCCAGCACUAAAACAUACUGCAGGACUUAAAGUGAAUUGUUCAAUUUCAUUGAUCCUGGCUGCUGUAAAUACCUGCAAAUGAGAAAAUCUGUCGCUCUCCUGAAACGUUCGAGUAAUGAAAGAAAUUACUUUUAUCUGCCUCGUCCACAUGUUGAAAGAGAGACUGCUGCUAUAAAACCAUGUGACACCCAAAACGUAAUAAAAAUUUUUUUAAAAAAACCCUGCUACUUUGAUAUACUAUGAUAUAGUUAGGUUUGCCCUGAUCUCCUAGAUGUGGUUCCUGCCUAACGAGGGUAGAGUUGCCCCAUAACCCAGAAUAUAUCAAAUUUGGUCAGAUAUCUGAUCUGAUCUGAAUCCUGGAGAAAUUUUUAACUUUUAUUUCUGAAAUUUCAAAAUUCUUCCUUUAUGUCUGUUAUUUAACAUAUUUUCAGCCAUGGCUACUUUACAAUAGUAUUGUUUAUUUAAACGAGAAAGCUAUCGCCGUGAGGGUUAAUUAACACACUGCAGAACUGCCACACCACAGGACCGGGCGGUCCUCUGGUGUUGCAGUUCCUCCUUCUACACUCCAACAGGCCUCUUGUUGUUCAGCUCUAGCGUUUCUGAUUACACCCUGCGUUCUUCAUCCAGUGUUGUCCCUGUAGACCCUCCUAAACUGAAGCAGAUUGUAUUAGCUUUUUCUAGAUUAAAGCUACAGUAGCUGAGAUUUGUCAUUUUAUUAACACUUUCCUCCAUCUCCAGCCUCCCCCAUCCCUCAUGGAAUCAGAGACUUUUAGAUUGCUGAAAGAUUUCAUAUGUGAGGAACUCAGCUGCAAAAGAUCUGGCGGAACAACAUUUGUGUCUGAUAAUUUGUGCGUUUCAUGAAUACACAAACGUAUGGAAGCACAUUUUGAAGCGACGCUGCUCAUUACGUGGCUAGUCCAAGACGUUACAGCGCUCGUCCAAAAAAUCCCGCAGGUCGCUUUGUGUUCCGAGUGAGACUAAAAGAAGCAUCAUGAAAUUGUUGGACACUUCCUGCUUCUUAAGCCAUCUGCCUAAGCUAUAUAAAAUGCUGUGUGCGUAUGCAUGUGUGUGUGUGUGAGAGAGUUUUCGUGCUCCACAAGGACACGUGGUUAAAACCCCUACUGUUCUUCCCUUCCACUUCCCACACACAGUCUGUCAAUCCUUCUUGAAGUCCCACAUUCAACAAACCCAACGCACAUCCACAGACACGCACACACACACGCACACACACACACACACACACACACACCGCUAGACACUCAUUUGAAGUGAACAUGACAAAGGUAGAUCCUCGGUGGCCACAUAAGGGUUCACUGAUGUCCUCUAGGGGGCUCAUGAUGUAACGCUCUGCAAGUUCCCAUCAAACAUCCACAACCAAGUAGCCAAAUGGGCCUCCAGGUGCCACUGUCGCUGUAACUAAAGUGAAUGUCUUACUGUCUUUACUCAACGUCUCAGUAGUCACUCUUGCUCUCUUGUUCCUUCUUGAAAGAUAAGAAGAUCUGAACUCUUUAGAGAAAUCGGUGCCCAAGUCGCCAUGGAGACAUUUUCUACGGGGGCCGCUUAGUUCACGCUGAACACUGUGACCCGAGUGAAAACCUGCUUACUCGAUGUUUCCACCCGAUCAUUUAACCUCCUUCUUACCCUCCAGUAGUCGCUGUGGUUUUGUCUCCCUGCGUUUCCUCCGAUGUUUCUUUUAAUUUAUUGUUCAUUGAUUUCUAAGGUUUCUAAGGUUGUUUUUCUCUUUGUCACUGAUAUAACUUUUUUUUUCCUGUCUUCCUUUUAUUGUACAAGUGACCCUUUUUCUGUUCAGUCACUGCUAAUGUAACAAAACGCACUGUGAUGAUUCCAGUAUUAAUAAAAGUUGUACUUAAACUGUG